AUGUCCAAUGAUAAUCAAAAACAUUUGGCGAAUGUAUUAGAUAAAUCUCAGUUACAAAAUCUUAAUCUAUUAAUAUCUAAAUUAGAUGAUAAGAUUGUAAAACAAAUAUUAGAUGUUAAACAACUAAUAGAUAAUAUUAAACUAGAUGAUAAGAUAGCAAAACCAAAAUUAGAUGCAAAACAAUUAAUAGAUAAUAUUCCACCAGGUAUAAAUGAAGAUAGAUUACAACAGGAAUUAACUACUCUAGAAACUAAUAUUAAAACUUAUAUUCAACAACAAAUACAAAACAUUGAUGAUGGUGAUAUUCAACAACAGUUAACUAGAAUUAAUAACGAAGUUUAA